GGUUCAUCAUCAUUAUUUCACAUAGAAAGAUAAGCUUUCAAAGGGUCAAAAGAGAAUCUACGAUGGAGAAUGAGGAGCAACAAAAUAAGUCAAGAUUCAAAAGUGUUUGUGUGUUUUGUGGUAGUAGUUCUGGUAAAAGGGAUGUGUAUAGAGAUGCUGCCUUUGAGUUGGCUCAAGAACUGGUAGAAAAAAGGCUUGAUCUUGUCUAUGGGGGAGGAAGCAUUGGUUUGAUGGGGUUAGUUUCUCAAGCUGUUCAUUGUGGUGGUGGUCAUGUCCUGGGGGUCAUACCAAGAGCUUUGAUGGGGAAGGAUAAAACUGGAGAAAGUAUAGGAGAAGUUAAAGCUGUAGGUGACAUGCACCAAAGAAAAGCUAUGAUGGCCCACCACUCUGAUUGUUUCAUUGCUCUUCCAGGUGGAUAUGGUACCCUUGAGGAACUACUUGAAGUCAUUAGUUGGGCUCAACUUGGAAUCCAUGACAAACCUGUGGGCUUACUGAAUGUGGAUGGGUACUACAACAAUCUGCUCACAUUCAUCGAUAAGGCAGUAGAUGAUGGAUUUAUCAAACCUUCUCAACGUCACAUCUUGGUCUCUGCACCUAAUGCCAAAGAACUUGUUCAGAAACUUGAGGAGUACAUCCCUGUAAAAGAUGGAGUAAUUCCUCAGGCCAAGUGGGAGGUGGAGAAGCAGCCAGUUCCAGUUGGGUUCAAUGCUUUGCGUCCUGAAAUAGCUUUUGUAGACGCUUAGCCGAAGAAGAAACAAGGAGGUGUUGUUCCUAGGGUCUUUAAUUUAACGUAACGUAGGGGCUUUAGAAGACUAAUGAAGUGUAUAUACAUGAUCUCACUUUAGCUGCAUCGAGUAGUUAUAUGG